AUGAGCAGGAUGAACUCGUGUGUGGACGAGAUACAGGAUUUCGUCAAGACGAACAUCCCUACCUCGACUGUGAAUAAGAAGGGUAAGCAAGUUUCAUUUUCUGACCAAUUACCAUCACAAGCCACUAUCAACCCGAGGAAUCAAGGGUCCUCAUCGAGUCAAACGCACAAUCUGAGUCAUGUGCAUGUUGACGAGGAGGAAGUGAAAGCGGCAUUAGCGAUAUCGAGCCUUAGGAGCGGCAAGGAUUUACCUGAUCCUUACAAGGAUCAUCCUUUACAUAAGAGCUCGAUAGAUGAUGAGACACCGACAGUCGUAAUAGAGCCAGAUAGUAGUUCCGAUGAUGAGGAAGAACGGGUGCAAGUUGAGCCAAAUCCAGACACAUACAAACCACCCGUGCCAUAUCCUCAAGCAUUGAGUAAGCCUAAGGCUAAGGUUAGUGAAUCUGAUGAUCAUUUAUUAGAAACCUUCCAAAAAGUUACCAUUACCAUCCCUUUAGUAGAUGCAAUUAGGUAUAUACCUUCUUAUGCUAAAUUUCUUAAAGGCAUAUGCACACACCAUAGAAGCCCCAAGAGGAUCCAAUUGAGUGAGAAUAUUAGUUCCAUUAUGAUGAAUUCUCUUCCUAUUAAAAAGAGAGAUCCAGGAGCUCCCAUGAUUACGAGUGAGAUUGGAGGAAUGAUUUUUACUAGAUCGUUGUUAGAUACUAGAGCUAGUAUCAAUAUCCUCCCUAAAGCCGUAUAUGACCGUCAUCAUGUAGAGGAAUUGCAGCCUUUUCUUAUAGAGUUAUGUUUAGCGGAUGGAUCGGUAAGGAAGCCUCAUGACAUAGUAGAAGAUGUGAUUGUUAGAAUAGAAGGAUGUUAUUUUCCGGUAGACUUCCUAGUUGUAGAUAUGAAGAUCACUAAGGAGCUUAGUCAAGCCCCAAUUAUCCUAGGAAGACCUUUCUUAGCUACUGCAAAAGCCGUUACAGAUUGGGGAAAAGGAGAAGUGAUUCUUAAGGUGGGAGAGCAUACGGUGAAGGUCAACAUCAACAAGUUGAUGAAGUAUCCUUCACAAGCUUUCGAGGAUUUGGGUGCCAUCGACCUAUUUGAUGAUCAAGACAUAGAGACUUGCAUCGAAGAAGUCAUGACGGUCAACGAGGGAGCUGAUUUCGAGGAGCUACCGUUGGACGAUCCGACAGGGGAGCUCAAGCCUCUUCCAUCUACACUCAAGUACGCUUUCCUUGACUCUCAGCAGGUUAAACCAGUGAUCAUUUCUUCCCAGCUCAAUGAGGAGCAGGAGAAACGAGUACUCGACGUAUUACGACGGAAUGAGCAAGCAAUCGGAUGGACUCUAGCAGAUUUGAGGGGAUUAGACCCUUCAUUAUGCACUCAUCGCAUAUUCUUGGAGGACGAGUUCAGACCCGUAAGGGAAGCCCAGUGCCGACUUAAUCCUAAGGUAUGGGAAGCCGUUAAGGAAGAGAUUCUUAAGUGGCUUAAUGCAGAGAUUAUCUAUCCCAUAUCGGAUAGCCAGUGGGUUAGUCCCGUGCACGUGGUUCCCAAGAAGGCAGGAGUUACAGUGACUGUGAACGACAAAGGAGAGGAGAUUCAAACACGCCUCUCGACGAAGUGGCGAGUUUGUAUCGACUACCGGAAGUUGAAUGCAGCGACGAAGAAAGAUCAUUUCCCGUUGCCAUUCAUCGAUCAAAUCCUUGAUCGACUAGCAGGUCAGACUUACUUUUGUUUCUUGGAUGGUUAUUCAGGGUACAACCAGAUUGCGAUUCAUCCGGACGAUCAAGAAAAGACGACGUUCACAUGUCCCUUUGGCACGUUCGCAUUUAGGCAAAUGCCAUUUGGAUUGUGUAACGCCCCUUCGACAUUCCAGAGAUGUAUGACGGCGAUAUUUGCCGAUUUCCUUGGCGACAGUCUCGAAGUUUUGAUGGACGAUUUAUCUGUCUUUGGAGAUGAUUUCGACAGCUGUCUAACUCACCUGACAAAGAUCCUCGAGGUCUGCGUGGAAACGACUGGUAUUGAGUUGGGAGAAAUCCCAUUUUAUGGUGCGAGAGGGAGUAGAGCUUGGGCAUCUUGUCUCGGGCAAAGGUUUGGAGGUUGAUAAGGCCAAGAUUGAGGUCAUUCAAAACCUUCCUCUCCCCACUACAUUACGAGAUUUACGUAGUUUUUUAGGACACGUUGGUUUCUACCGCAGGUUUAUACGAGAUUUUGCUAAAGUUUCCAAACUGCUAACCACUCUUCUUUGCAAGGAUAAAGACUUUUUUAUAGAUAAAGAAGGGGAGUGCGCAUUCGAGAUGUUGAAGCUCGCCUUGAUCGAAGCACCAAUUCUUCAAAGUCUUAAUUGGGACUUGCCUUUCGAGAUCAUGUGCGACGCCUCAGACUAUGCAGUUGGAGCGGUGUUGGGACAGCGGAUAGAUAAGAAGCCAACAGCUAUAUGGUAUGCGAGUAAGACCCUUGCUGAAGCUCAAAUGAAUUACACGACGACAGAAAAGGAGCUCUUAGCGGUGGUCUACGCGUUAGAGAAGUUCAGGCCUUACAUCUUGGGAAGCAAGAUUGUUAUUUAUACAGAUCAUGCAGCGUUAAAGUACUUGUUUUCUAAGAAGGAGGUGAAGCCACGAUUGAUACGAUGGGUGCUACUUCUUCAAGAGUUUGACUUGGAGAUUAGAGAUAAGAAGGGCAGCGAAAACUCGGUGGCGGAUCACCUAUCUCGUCUUCACAUUUCAGGUACGGGAGAUAUUAGUGAUUCUUUUCCUGAUGAGCAUCUUCUUGCAGUAUCUAGUCAUGCUCCUUGGUUCGCGCAUAUCGUCAAUUUUCUAGUGACAGGAUCGAUCCCAGAUCAUUGGAACCGGCAUCGUAAAGAUAAGUUCUUCCAUGAACUCAAAUAUUAUUAUUGGGAAGAACCACUUUUGUUCCAUAUAGGAUACGAUCAAAUUAUACGGCGAUGCGUAGCAGAAGAAGAAUAA